AUGAGUGACAAACUCAACAGAGAUAAUCCAAAUUCUUUCUUUCUUUCUUUCUUUCUUUCUUUCUUUCUUUCUUUCAUUCAUUCUUUCUUUCUUUCUUUCUUUCUUUCUUUCUUUCUUUCUUUCAUUCUUUCUUUCUUUCUUUCUUUCUUUGUCAACAUUUGUAGGUAUUACAUUUUUUCUUUCUUUCUUUCUUUCUUUCUUUCUUUCUUUCUUUCUUUCUUUCUUUCUUUCUUUCUAAGAUCAUUUCCCUCUCUUUCUUUCCCUCUCUUUCUUUCUCCGUUUUUCUUUCGUCCUCUUUCUUUUUUCCUAAAUCGAGAGAGUUCUGUUGAGAUUCUUUGUGCCUGGAAUAUAUUUCCAUUUCCCAAAUGCGCCACCGUUCUUUCAAGGAACAUCAUCAAUACCAUUGAUGAUGUUGGCUUUUCCAUUUUUGCUUUCCGCAUUUGCCUUCUUGUUUUCUCGUUGGGUAUCUCCCACUCGUCCACUCCCAUUGUUCACUUGAAACCUGGCUCACGUUCUUCUCUGUUCAGACGCAGUUGCCAGACUUUGCGUCAGUUAUCUCCUUUCUGUGGGCGGGAAUUUUUGGUGUCGGGUGCGCUGAGGCGUGCUGCUUGUCAGCUGUGA